AUGACCAUCCCCCUCGCCACGAUAACCAGCUUCCGGACCGCCUACAACCCCUUCUCCCGCGCCUCCCGGCCAUGCCGACUCUUCCUAGGCAUGCUGCGCACACCAGACACUAUCCCGACAAGCAGCCCGACCCACAUCGAUAUCCAGGUCAAGCAAUUGCCGCGCACCUCCACCGAGUCACCGACCAUGACUGUCGGGUUUAAGGGCGGCAAGGAGCUUACGCUGGAUGUCGGCAAGCGCGGGCUGAAGAUUGGCGAUGUUAUCGAGGAGGUGUCCCGUGUUGGCAGAGCUCUGCAGCGAGAGGCCAGCUUGAAGAAUUAG